AUGGUGAAGUCAUACUUAAAAUUCGAGCACGCAAGGUCCUUUGGCGUUGUGACGGCGAGCACGUCCAACGUUGUGUGGACAGGCCAGCAGCGAUCGGGAACAGGAGCGGGCCAGGCGAUUGUGGCAGCCAACGAAGAUGUGCUCUGCUGGGACAUCAAGAAGGGCGAGCUGGUGAGCCGAUGGCACGACGAGAAGAACAAGGCGCAGGUGACGGCGAUUGCGGAGAGCGAGGUGGACAAGGACAUUGUGGCCGUGGGCUACGAGGACGGCAGCAUCCGGCUGUGGGACGGGCGGCUGGCGACGGUGAUUGUGAGCUUCAACGGGCACAAGUCAGCGGUGACGCACCUGGCGUUUGACAAGGCGGGCGUGCGGCUGGCGAGCGGCUCCAAGGACACGGACGUGAUCGUGUGGGACCUGGUGGCCGAGACGGGGCUGUAUAAACUGCGCGGCCACAAGGACCAGAUUACGGGGCUGCGGUUUGUGGAGCCGGCAGCAGAGGACGAGGAGGAGGAAGCGGCAGCGACAGCGGGCGAGGGCUUUCUCCUGACGACGUCCAAGGACUCGCUGAUCAAGCUAUGGGACCUGUCGUCACGGCACUGCAUCGAGACUCACAUUGCACAGCGCAGCGGAGAGUGCUGGGCGCUGGGGGUGUCGGCGGACCUGAGCGGAUGCAUCACGGCGGGCAACGACGGUGAGCUGCAGGUGUGGGCGAUCGAGACGGCGGCGCUGGCAGCAUCGACACAGCGAGUGGAGGUGACCGGAUCGGACAAGUUUCUGGUGGCGCGCGGCACGCUGCACCGGCAGGCCAAGGACCGGACGGCCGAGAUCACGUUCCACCCGCGGCAGGGCUACUUUGCGGUACACGGGGUAGAGAAGUCGGUGGAGAUCUGGCGGGUGCGGACGGACAGCGAAGUCAAGAAGGCGCUGGCACGGAAGCGGCGGCGAAGGCGAGAAAAGGCGGCAGCGACGGCAGAAAAGGGCGGCGACGUGGACAUGGGCUCAGGGCAGGAGGACGAGGGGGUGUCCUCGGCCGAGAUGGCGGACAUAUUUGCUUUGCACGUGAUGGUACGGACAGCAGGCAAGGUGCGGUCGGCGGACUGGGCUCUGGGCAGCGGGCGGAAGGAGCUGCAGCUGCUGGUGGGGACGACGAACAACCUGCUGGAGCUGUACACGAUAUCGACGCGCAAGGAGCGGGCAUCGAAGAAGGCAGCGGCAGACGAGGAAGAGGCAGCGGCGAGCUACAGCCGAGCGCUGGCGGUGGAGCUGCCAGGACACCGGGCAGACAUCCGGUCGGUAGCGCUGAGCUCGGACGACAAGAUGCUGGCGACAGCGGCGAGCGGCAGCCUGAAGAUCUGGAAUGUGCGGACACAGACGUGCAUCCGGACGUUUGAGUGCGGCUAUGCGCUCUGCUGCGCCUUUCUGCCGGGCGACAAGGUGGUGGUGGUAGGCACGAAGACGGGCGCGCUGGAGCUGUUUGACGUGGCGUCGGCGGCGCUGCUGGACAGCGUGGAAGCGCACACGGGAGCGAUCUGGGCGCUGCAGGUGCACCCAGACGGUCGUUCGGUCGCGACGGGCAGCGCCGACAAGACGGUGCGGUUCUGGGACUUUCGGAUCGUGCAGGAGGCGGUGCUGGGAACGACACGGACGGCACCACGGCUGCGGCUGGCGGCAACGCGCGUGCUCAAGGUGGCAGACGACGUGCUCAGCCUGCGCUUCUCGCCCGAUGCGCGGCUGCUGGCGGUGGCGCUGCUGGACAGCACAGUCAAGGUGUUCUUUGUCGACUCGCUCAAGCUAUUUCUCAACCUGUAUGGGCACAAGCUGCCGGUGCUGAGCAUGGACGUGUCGUACGACAGCAAGCUGAUCGUGACGAGCAGCGCCGACAAGAACGUCAAGAUCUGGGGCCUGGACUUUGGCGACUGCCAUCGCUCGCUGUUUGCGCAUCAGGACAGCAUUCUGCAGGUGGCGUUUGUGCCGCACAACGGCGACGGCAACGGGCACCAUUUUUUCAGCUGUGGCAAGGACCGGGCCAUCAAGUACUGGGACGGCGACCGGUUCGAGCAGAUCCAGCGGCUGGACGGCCAUUUUGGCGAGAUCUGGGCCAUGGCCGUCAGCCACAGCGGCUCGUUUGUCGUCAGCGCGAGCCACGACAAGAGCAUCCGGGUCUGGAACGAGACGGACGAGCAGGUCUUUCUGGAAGAGGAGCGCGAGCGGGAGAUGGAGCUGCUGUACGAAAGCACGCUGGCGACGUCGCUGGAGCGUGAUGCCGACCCGGAGGACGCCGGCUUGGACGGCCAGCCGGCCGAUGUCGGGCUCGCGUCUAAGCCGACCACUGAGACCCUCAUGGCCGGCGAGCGCAUUGCCGAGGCCCUUGAGCUGGGCAUGGCCGACCUUGUCACGCUGCACGAGUGGCGCGAGACCCGUCGUCGCCAGCCCGGCGUCGUCUUGGCGCCGCCGCAACGCCACAUCGUCUUCACGGCUCAGGGCAACCUUUCGGCCGAAGAUCACGUGAUGCGCGUCCUCAACCGCAUUCCUGCUGCCGCUCUGCACGACGCCCUGCUCGUGCUCCCGUUCGCCCAGCUGCCUGCGCUCUUCACCUUUCUUGACCGCUUCGUCCGCCGCGCCAUGAACGUCCCGCUCACCUGCCGCGUCCUGUUCUUUAUGCUCAAGACGCAUCACCGUCAGAUCGUCGCCAGCCGCACCAUGCGCGCGACCAUCGACGGCCUCCGCGCCAGCUUGCGCGCCGUCCUGCAGGAACAGAAGGACCAGAUGGGCCACAACAUGGCUGCGCUGCGCGUCGUCGCCGCCCAGGUGCGCGACCAGGCCGUCAAGAACUACGUCGACGAGACCUGGGAAGACGUCGACCCGGCGCAGAACGCCCGCAAGCGCGGCUUCGUGCAGGUGUCAUAG